GGGGGCCAUUGGAUCUAAUUGGAAAUUUCAAGUUUAUCUAUUUACAAAGGAACUUUUUUUUCUUUUCUCUCGUCGCCCAGCCUUGCCCAACAAAUCUUCCUCAUGUCAUCGAGUCAGGCUCGAUAUAGCUUAUGCUGUCAGUGGCCCUCAUAAACCCAACAAAGAAAGAAAGACCCGGUAGGAAGCUUCAGACAGAAGCAGUGUUUAAUAUGCCGUGUCGCUUUUAAAUCCUUCCCAUCCCUCAACAACAGCAAAUAUGGCAGGAAAUCGUCUUGAAAAGAUAGGAACAAUAUUUACCCGAGCUACAGGACUGCUGAAGUCAGGAGCCAUGAAGCCACAAGAUAAACCCUUGUGGUAUAAUGUUUAUGAAGCAUUUCCACCAAAAUAUGAACCAUGCUUUGACAGGCCAGCUCCAGAAGUAAAGAUUAGGAAAAUAUUUUACCCUGAGGAUGUUAUAAGAGCAAAAUUUUAUAAGAGGUAUGGAUCGUAUGGAACAGCCCAACUCUCGGACCAGAAACCUCGCCCCACUGUAUGCCAACUGUUCGUUAAGGAAUAUGAGCAUUUGCAGGCAAAAGGAAGUGUCCCAGAAGAUCAACUCAUGCAAGAAGCUGCACUGGCUUUGGAGGCCCAAGGGAUUUAUUUAGAUAGAUCUCGUGCCCCUGUCAAGACUGAAUCAUCACUAGAACAGGAAGAUGAGCAGCAGCAUCCAGAACAGCAGCUGACCACUAUCCCGAACAUUAAACAAGUGAAGCUAGAGAAAUUAAGCAUUGCAGAAAUUUUUAAGCAGAGCCAAGGAAAUGAAUCAAAUUAGUGUACAGGCCAAAUGCCUGUUAUUUGUAGAUGUAAAUAAAAGAAAAGCUUUAU